AACGCAUUAGGGUUUACAUCUCUCCGCUCGUAUAUAAUCCUAACAAAACCCUAGCUCCUCAAAUUGCCACUCACGCUCGCGCGCAGAGAGGGAGAGGAGAGGGGCGAGAGAGAGCGAUUCGAGAAUGGUGACAUACAGAUUCCAUCAAUAUCAGGUUGUAGGGAGAGCCCUUCCUUCGGAGACCGAUGAGCAUCCGAAGAUUUACCGGAUGAAGCUAUGGGCUACCAACGAGGUUCGAGCCAAGUCCAAGUUUUGGUACUUUCUGAGGAAGCUCAAGAAGGUGAAGAAGAGCAACGGCCAAAUGCUUGCUAUCAAUGAGAUUUUUGAGAAGAACCCGACCAAGAUCAAGAAUUAUGGCAUCUGGCUGCGUUAUCAGAGCAGAACCGGCUAUCACAACAUGUACAAGGAGUAUCGUGACACUACUCUGAAUGGUGCUGUUGAACAGAUGUACACUGAGAUGGCUUCCCGCCACAGGGUUCGUUACCAUUGCAUCCAAAUUAUCAAGACUGCUACCAUCCCAGCUAAGAUUUGCAAGAGGGAGAGCACCAAGCAAUUCCACAACUCCAAAAUCAAAUUCCCCUUGGUGUUCAGGAAGGUCAGGCCACCAACCAGGAAACUGAAAACCACAUACAAGGCAUCCAGGCCCAACUUGUUUAUGUAAUUCUCUUUGAUCAUUUAUCAAAGAAGAGCUAUAUAGAGGGUAAGGCAAAGUCUUAAGUUUUGAAUUUUGUUAUUUUGAUGGGAGACCAGCAUUUGUCAUAUUGUUGAUUUUGGAUAUUGUUUGGGCUUUUUUUGAGAAGUUUAGGAUAUGAGACAAAGUCUUUAUUUAUGGUUCCGCAAGUUCCUUCCUUUUAAUAUGGAUUCCUAAGACGUGACUGUUUGAUUCUGGUGAUCUUCAAAAAUUAGUUAUCCAUUA